AUGUCCUUGUUUGACAUGGCAGCAAUUGAUGCUGCUCCUCCUGCGCUGUGGGCGUUCCUGUAUCCGUGGUGUCGAGUGUUGCGUGGUAAAUUGCACUUAGAAGGUCGCACAGCUGAAAAUUCGGCGCGCUGGGAAUAUCACUGGGUAGCGGUGAGGCUGCCACAUUCACCCGAAAAGGUCGAAAUCAAUGCGCUCUGUCGGAUUCGAGAAGCUCUGGAUCUGCUCGCCCGAGUCGCAAUUGUGGACAAUGCUGCGUGGCGAGCCCUUUUAGUGCAGCAGUGUCGAGUUCCAAGGGAUGAGGACGAUCAACCGCUCGAUGGGGACUUGCAUCCACGGUUCCGCUUCGUGUUCAACGAGAAGUUCGUGGAGUCUGGCGCUUUGUCGCCUGCUGCAGUGUGCAAACAGUUUUUUGUGGCGGCGAGUGUCCAGCGAGGAAGUGACGACUAUUUGGAAGCUAGACGAAUUUUGAAGGAGGUGGAAAUGACGCUGGGGAAGACUCGAUGCGUUGAUUCGGUCCCGUUCGAGCUGCAAUUUGAGCUCCUGACGCUGCCUGAUGAAGUUCUCGAGACUCAUCUGCGUGAUCUCAACGCAAUGCUCAGGAUCCUCCAAGCUAAUCAACAGUAUGACGUAAAUUCUACGGGUUUCUUACCUCUGACGCUUGAGUCGAUUCGCUUGGACGUCGGAGAGGUGAACAUAUCUUGGUCACUGACGCAGAGGUUGACGAACUUAUUAAACUCGGGGCUUCCGUUCUCGCUGUUUGCGUUCUCGUUAAAGAAAGCUACUGCUGAGAACUAUGCGCAAAUGCAAGACAGCGUUGGAAAGUUUUUGCGCACAGUAUUGUGUGGUCAAAGUCUUGCCGGUGCUGAAAGAGGUGGCGUCGACACACUAUCGGUCGGGUGUCAUGACUGUAAUGGAUGGCAAUUUGCGGCUUUGUGCUCUACUCUUGGCUCUGCUUCAGUUACAAAGCAUCUUCGACUGUAUGGUGUGUUUGGCAUGUCCGAUACGGAGGAGACGAGGAGGUGGAAGUGGCAGUGGCUCACGUAUGCGCUGUUCAGAACGACCACUGACUCAACCGUGGAAAGAGCACUUAUUACAGCAGCUCAGCUGACACGUGAAGACACUUUGGCUAUCGCUGUGGUGAUCCACGCUAACUCGCCACCAACUGCAGCGUUGAACAACAUCACAAGCGAGGAAAACAUGCUGAAUAUUCGAGACUGGAGACGUGAUUCAGUCGGCCACUUUCUUGAAGGUACAGAGCUCAUACUUGUCAAUCCUGGCCAAGAAAAUGGCGUCAAAGGCCGGUUAUUCUCUAUUUUACUGGAAUCAGACUCGUGGCUUCAUAUUGUGAGCGACGAAGGUGGUCAUUUCCACGUGGUUCUGCCAGGAUACGGCGUUGCUCGAGUCGACACACAGCCAGCCGAGCAGCGGCUACAACGAAAGGAUGACUCAGCUCUCGGUUUGAAGGCUCUGACGCUUGCUUUGGGCCUUCACUUUGGUGAUGAUGGCGGUGAAGUACUUACAGACUUCUUGAACCUAAUUGGGAAUCCCUUACGGUCCCUCGCGCUCUACGCCGUCGGGUCAUAUCCACUUAGCAUGGCUUCCAUUAGCCAAGCAUGUCCUCAAUUAACGGACUUGUUCCUCGAGGGUAUUCAACUCAGAAACCCGAACGAUUUCUGUCUCGAUAUCGAACGAACCAAGUCAAAGUUGAAGUGUCUGGGUCUCGUGAACGUCUUUACGUCCAAUGAGCAGAUAACGCGUCUCGCUGAAGCCGUCGCGACUCCUUCGAGUCAAAUUGGCCAGCACCUGUCCGAACUCGGACUGUCUGGGUCCGCGGAGUCGUGUACUAUCGACGACGCCAACGUCCGAGUUUUGUUAGCCAUGCUGAAGACCAAUCGCAAGCUCUCGUACCUCAGUCUCGGGUUGAGUCCGGAGUUGCAGACCAAGUACGACGAGGCAUUUCAACUGCAUCAUGGCGAGUCUCUGCCAGUGGUGCAGAAUAAAGUGUCCAUUGCAGCCAAAGCUGCGUUUUUGAGUGCAGUACGAGGCCCUAAGUGCCAAGAUUCCGCCUCAAAUUCUCUGGACGACGCUGUUCUGAGCCUUAUUAUGGCACUUGCAGCUACCUGUGCAACAAGGGCAGUGACAAUUCACUACGAUGACUAA